AUGAGGUAUACGCAAAAGAGGGUUACGCCAUCACCCUUUUCAUGGCGCAAGAAGCCAAAAGUUAUAGAUGAUGAUGCUGAUGAUGAUAAAUCCAAGGGUCUAAAGUGCAGCAAAUUGUCUGUCGAAGAAAUUGAAGAGAUUCGUGGUGAGUUAUUGUCCGACCUGGAGAAACCAAUGUCGUGCCAUAAGUGUCAAGGGCUUCACGAGAUUAAGGCUGCGAUGAGAGUGAAGGAGUUUGAUGGAGACAAUGAUGAAAAACCAGUUGAUGAUUGUUCGAUUUGUUUGGGGGAGAUAUGUGCAGGAAUGAUGGUUGCGAUAACGCCUUGCUUGCAUAUGUUUCACAGAGAUUGCUUGUUUAAGUGGUUGCCAAAGACUAGUCAAUGUCCCUUUUGUAGGUCAUUUUGUGCUACCAUGGUUUAG